GGUGCAUGAUUUUUGAUCUCACUGUCAGAGUUGCGGGGUCAGCCUCAAACUUCCUGUCUCUCAAAUGUGACACCGCUCUGGCAUGUUCACAUGAAGCAUAUAAGCAGCUCCAGGUGAUCGGAGCAGAGCACUCCUGAAAGCAGAGCGUGAAGAACAUGCAGACUCUGAUCCUCACAGUGCUGCUGCUCGCUGUCUCCUGCACCGCCAUGCCGCGUGGACUGAAUGCCCCUGGUCCGUGCUGCUUUAAAUUCUUUACAGGCAGGAUCCCCAAGCCGAAGAUAAUCUCCGUCAUCAAGACCCACAGCCACUGCCACGUGCAGGGAUUCAUCAUCAGUACUGCGCGAGGGAGGAAGAUCUGCGUGAGCCAGAAUGUGGUCUGGGCCCAGACAGCGUUCAAAGAGCAGCAUGUCGUGAAGGGCUGAUGCUGCUCCUCGUGAUCACAUGACCACAUCACCAACAUCUCCACCUGCUCCACCUGCGUGUUCACUCUGUCUGCUCCUCAUGACCAACAUCUCCACCUGCUCCACCUGCGUGUUCACUCUGUCUGCUCUUUCAUGAUAAUUAAUCCAAGAAGCUUUGAACUGUGAACAUGUUACUUGUUAGACGCUUUUAUCCAAAGAGACUUACAUACUCAACACUGUGGACAAUCCCCACAGGAGCA